GACGCAGAAGCAGACCCAACCUUCACACACACACCGGCUCCAGCACCCACAGACGCCCCGAGACUUGGCAUUCGACGCUCACUCGCCAGCCCCUGCGCCUCCCCUUCAGCCUCUCUCGAACAUCACUUCUCCAAAGAUGAGUCGCUUCCUGUGCCACAUGACCCUCCUGCUGCUUGUUGCCGUGGCACUCACCGCCGCACAAGGAUUCUAUUCCCAGCGAUAUGGCAAGCGAGGAGAUAGCAAUAGGGAGAUUACAGUACGUUCUGGAUUCUACGCCAAUCGCUACGGCCGAUCCCCACCUCAUGACCUUCCUGAAAUCAAGGUCAGGUCAUCCAGGUUCAUCGGCGGUUCUCGUUACGGAAAGCGAUCUGGCCCAGCUGACGUCGCUCCUAUUAUGACCUCUGAAGCAGAGGAAGCAGAAAUGCCCGCCACAUUCCUGGUUGGAGAGUCUGUCGUUUGCCUGCUUAUCGACGUUCCUGACAUCUAUCGGUGUAUCAGGAAAUCUGCAUCUGAAGAAUCCACCAACUGAGGUUUUCUCUCUCUUACGAAGCGUCAUCCCUGAAGCUCAUCGUUGAAUUCUCGCUUGAAAACGUCAAAAAGGAGUAUUGUCUUCGGAAGAACAAUGAACAUGCAGUAGAACAGUAUAAAAGAGUGUGGGAGACAUUUCUUUUUCUAUGAAAACAAGUCAAAAAUGCAAUAUGCGGAUCCUGAGUUGCCAAUGCUAAUUUGAUUUUGAGAAAUCUAUAAGGUAUUAGCUUAGACGAUGUACAGUAUAUGAUAUAUAAAUAUAUUUCUUUUUUUGCUUUGCGUUUUACGAGCUUAUGCCUCUAUUUGGACAUUGUUUAUCUUCAUGACAUUUUCUUUCUUAUGAACAUUUAGAUAAACAACUAGAUCGUUGCUUCCUGUGUACUAGUAUGAACCAAAGAACGUGGGGUUGUGUUCUAAACGUCUCCGACUUUAAUAAAAUAAAACUAUAUCUAAUCAAAUUCGCCAAUCAUUCACAAAUCAGGAUAACAAGUUUUCUGACAACCUUACCCUUUUUUCUGAGCCCUGAAAGUGAAAGAAUAUUCCACGACACUAUUUAGUUUUGGAUUCAAUUCCCGUUUUCUUUCAUCUGGUAUUUUGUCUCGUUUUCUUUCAUGAGGUCUAUUUAGCCCUCAUGAUCGGGUUAGCGGUCGACAGUCUUCCUCUUCAUUUAUCAUUUAUCAAGAGAUGUGUUUGAUUAAUUAAUAAAACCAUUUGAAGAACGGCAUUAGGACUUAAUCUGAGAGAGAGAGAGAGAGAGAGAGAGAGAGAGAGAAGAGAGAGAGAGAGAGAGAGAGAGAGAGAGAGAGAGAGAGAGAGAGAGAGA